AUGGCGACCGGUGAGAGGCGACCAAAUCUCAGGUUGCUCAGGACGUCAUUGAUUCUGGACCAAGGCGACACACGCACGACUCGCCAUGGAGACUGUCUCGGACUGUGUACUUACAACGCGAGAACACUUUCCACAGUUGCUGACCUGCAUGCCCUUCUCGGAGCUGCAGAGCGUAUCAAAUUUCACGUGAUUGCUCUGCAGGAGACCAAGUGCAGAAGGAGCGACGUACGACAGAUGAAUGACGGUACACUCGUCAUUCGUGGAGAGAAGGUUCCGUCGCGAAAUGUAGGCGGUGUUGGUUUUGUUGUGCACCCAUCUGUCGUCCAUCUCGUCGAUUCUCACGAGAUCCUGUCACCUCGUCUGUCAUUUCUUCGCCUCCGCCCUCUGCGCCAAAAAUCCAUCAUUAUCAUCAACUGCUACUCACCAACAUCAGCAGCUGAUGAAUCCGAAUUGGACGCGUUUUACGAGGAACUGGAGGAAGUAGUCCGCAACGAGAAGUCCUUCUACAAAUUCGUUGUCGGAGACUUCAACGCAAAACAAGGAAAGGCCACAGAAGAGGAAUACAGGAUUGGAAGAUUUGGACUAGGGGACCGGAAUGAAAAUGGCAAUCGUCUCGCCGGGCUGUUGUCCGCCGCUCGUCUCUUUCAUGGGAACUCUCUUUUCAUGAAAAAAGAUCAUCGUCGGUGGAAAAGGGAAUCGCCCAAUGGCGCGACUCGUGCCGAGAUCGAUCACAUACUCACCAACCAGAGGUGGUGUCUACUUGACGUCUCAGUAGUACCAUCCUUUUGUAGUGGUUCUGAUCACCGUCUUCUUCGUGCCAAAAUACGACUUAGCCACACGAUGGAAAAGAACAUCUGCUAUCGGCAACGAAGGAGAAAAUAA